AUGUCAGACCACAACUCAGCCUCUGAUUCAGAGUCCAACAAACAACCUCCAGCAAAUGAAGAAGAGAUUGCUGUCCUGCAGUCUUAUCUCGAGCAAUGGCGCUCAGCUGCUUCAUCGGAGCGAAAGAAUAUCUUGAGAGCGGCUACCAUGGAAGCCCGGACAAAAGCACCAGUGAUGUCAAUUGUACUGUCCAAGGCUCGCAAAGUGACAUAUGAGACAUGGUUCCGGAACCAUGCGAAGGCCAAGAAACCGGGGAAACCCCCCAUCAAGAUGGGGCAGAAAUGGACCGAGAGAAGUGUCAUAGACACACUCCGGAAGAAGGAGCUCUUGAGAAAAAUCGAGGACGAGACUGGUGCCAAACCCGGAACAAAGGAGAUGAUGAACCAUUACACGGUUCACCUGAACCGGCUGAUGGCAUCGCUUUCACCGGAAGACCUUGAAGAAGCCAAAGAGACAGCUGAUAAAUGGAAUAGUCAGGGCAUUCCAGACAAUGUCAAAGUGGAGAUUGCAAGAAAGAAAGGCGACGGUAUGAUCCGACACUUUGCAUCGGAGAUGUGGAACUGCGCCAGGAUCAGGGUGUUUGUGUUGUCAGCUUGGAAGGAUGGAGAGAGCAAGGUCCAGGUAUCUGGACAUGACUAUAACCAAGAGUUUGGUGGUGCCAAGUCAUUCAUGAAGACUCAGAACUGGAAAGUGAUCGAGCCAGAAUGGGACGCAUAUGCUGCAAGUGUAUUCAAGGGCGAUGUGGAGGAAAAUACGGUUGCUCGGAAGAGGGGUAGACAGGACAACACGUAUAGCCUUGACAUCGGAGAUGAUGGAUAUCCUGUAAUCCCUGCAUAUGAGUCCAUGGAUUUAGAUACAAAGAAGGCAGUCAUCUGGGCAUUUUUGACAUGGCAUUACAGGAAGUGUUGCGGGGACCCCAAAGUCUCCGUACCAUGGAAAUAUGUGAUACCCAGAUACAACAAGAUCAUUCCCGUACAAUAUCUUCCAGAUGGUCACGAUCUCGCUGAGCCAUUGAAGUUAAGGCAGGUCCACGCCACAGAGUUGUUACAGUUUUGGCAUAGCAGACAGGAGGAAGGCAAAGAGCAUGUCUUUGAAUUCAUAGGAUGGUGGGACAAUGAUAGUGAGGACAUCGUCCUUGCAACCGAGCGAGAUGGGCGUGUCACUAGCCGGGCACAGCCAAUCACCCAGAUGAAGAAACCAUCAGGAUCAAAGUCAAAGCAGCCUGGUUAUCACAGGCAAUCUACGGCUGGACACACUUCUGGUAAAAAGAUGAAGGACAACGAGCCAACCGCUGCACGUCGCUCCGGAGUCAAGGUAGUGAAGAGCGCCUCAUCUUCAACUCCCCAAAACAAGAGCGAGAAAUCCAAGAACAAACUCAAGUCAUCCGAGGAGGAUAUUCACUACACAGGGACGGCAGCCGAUGGGUCUUCUGCUGAACCAUCCGAGGACUCAGAUGAUGAUAUGCCACCUCCCCGGAAAGGAAGGCAAUUGGAGGGGAGGAACUUGCAUACGGGGUCACAAACACAUGGCUACCAUGUGGCUCUCAUGAGUAGCAAUGACUCUGAAAGUGAGGUCGAACAGGAUGUCCCUCAAAAGGCGAUUGCGGCUUCAGGCAAACAUGCCAGGAAGGAUAUGGCCGCAAAUAUCAAGGCUCGGACCCCCAAUAUAAGCUCGACGGGGAGCAGGGCACUGGUCAGUCGAGAAAAGGAAGCUGUUAAACAUAAUGCAAAGGUUACUGCACGUGAUCGAUCUAAGUCCAGAGUGGCAGAAGUGGUAAUUCCGCCAGUUCGGCUGGUGGGACCAGCCUCCCAGGCUGGUCAGGCCGCGCCUGCCAACCAGGCAAAUGUCAAUCAUGAAGCUUCCGCAUCAAACAGAACGGCGACACAUGCAAUGCCCAUGGCACGCCAUCUGACCGGUGGUGAACAUGCAAGGAAAGAAGGGAGGAAAUGUCCUGCCGAAGAAACUUUAGAAGAGUCGCCUGUGAAACAGACAAGAAGCUGA